AUGGGAUUUGAUGGCACCGAGGUGAAUCCGCACAUACGCACCCUCAUUGAAGAAUACCGCCUUGGGACAAUCUUGCUCAAUGCCAAAAACUUCGUUUCUGCCGAACAAGGGCUCCGCCUCAUUCGAGACUUGCAGAUUAUUGCGCAUAGAUCGGGCCAUGAGCAGCCCUUGCUGAUUGCGCUCGAUCAGGAAAACGGUCUGGUGAAUUCCAUCACCGAUGAGCUUCAUAUCACGCAAUUUCCCUCGUCGAUGGCCAUUGCUGCAACAAACUCCAAGGAGAAUGCCUAUCUCGUCGGACAUGCCACUGCAAGAGAAUUGUCGGCCAUCGGCGUGAACUGGCUUUUAGGCCCGGCACUGGAUGUCAUCCUUGAUAGGACGGUCCCGGGAUUGGGAACACGGUCCUUCGGAGAUGAUCCACAUCUGGUCGCGAAGCUGGGUUCUAACUUCAUCAGAGGCUGUCGAGAUGCCCAUGUGGCGUGCUGUGCGAAGCAUUUCCCUCUUGGAGGCAGUCUUGAGAUUGACGAAUCCGUUGCUAAGGUUCCGGUGAUUUCUACCAGCCUUGAGCAACUGCGCCAGUCCAUCAUAGUCCCAUUCGAACAGGCGAUUCACGAUGGGGUUGAUGGUAUUGCCGCCGCAGGAUGUGCCAUUUCAUCCAUGGGGCCGAAAUUGAUGCAUGCUUGCCUGUCGAAAAAAGUCCUCACCGAACUUUUGCGCGGGCAACUCGGCUAUGAAGGUGUCAUCAUCUCAGAAUGUCUGGAGAUGGAUGGCAUCGCACAGAGCGUCGGCGUGGGUCAAGCCACCGUCAUGGGCCUUAGCGCAGGGUGCGACAUGAUCAAUGUAUGCCGGUCGUUCCCCAUGCAGCUCGAGGCGUUUGCGUCUUUGUCGCUGGCACUUGAUAAUAAGACCGUCCCCGCAAGCAGAGUGGAAGAAAAGGCAUUGAGAAUAUCAUCGAUGAAGAAUAAAUACACAAACUGGCAACAAGCGCUUCAACCUUUGGGCCUCCAGCAUCUCGAAAGCCUGCGUGCUGAGCACCGACAGCUCGCACUCAGAGUCUACGAGCAAUCGAUGACGAUCUUGCAAGAUGAUCCCCCAGUCAUUCCGCUCACUCAGACGUUGCCUACACGCAGUAAAAUCGCGCUGUUCACACCGCUCCUGAGGGUUGGACAACCCCAAUCCAGCCUUUCGCACGGUACGCGUGGCAGUUCCUUGACCCUGCAGACUCGCAAAUUUGCCAGUGGUUCGAUGUAUGGUGAAGAGUAUUUUCAGGCCUUUGGGCAAGCACUAUCUCGCUGUGGCGUAGGAGAGGUUGUGCACACCUCGUAUUCCUCCCAUGGUGUGCAGAUUGAGCACGAACGGCUCCUCGAAGAUGCUGAUCUUGUCAUUAUCAUGGUGGCCGAUGCGACUCGCAAUCAAUACCAGGCGGCCUUUGCCAGGCAUGUGAAUGUCCUCUGUAGAUUGCGAGAACGGGGCCAGAAAGCGGUCAAGGGGCCCCCAGCAGUGGUCUUGCUCUCUUUGAGCUCCCCAUAUGACUUGCCAAUCGGGAGCUGGAGGGGGACUCAUCUGGCGAUUUAUGACUGUACAGCCGUAUCUCUGAGUUGCGUCCUUCGCGUGCUCUGCGGGAACCUCAAGGCUGAGGGUCGCGCUCCUGGCCAUCCGAUGCCCAAGCGGGUGCAAUCCCGAGAAGAUCACCAGCCAACAUGGCUCGUCGAACAAUUCGACCCGACACGCGAUUUGACAUCACUAUACGUAUUCCUGAAAGCGGCGGCCGAGAGCGAGAGCGAGGGGAGCCCAGCUGAGAAGCUAAGUCUGUGGCUGUCAGGUUUGUGUCCAGACGCCUUCUCAAACGCACCUACUUCAACCAUGGCCACGUACUAUUUCAUCGUCAGAAACGCCAGCACAGAAACCAUCUAUGGCCUCUGCAGGUUACACCACUUUAAGAGCGUCAGCCAUAGCUGUCUAGACUUCAUUCUGGUUGAAGCAUCGAAACGCCGACUUUCGAUUGGAACAGACUUGUACAACUUUACCCUCAGUUUCUUGAGGGAUCGCCUUAACGCAAACACUGUACAAGUUGGAUGUCCUCUGUUUGGGAUCUACCCAGGGUUGCUCAAAUCAUCGACGCCAGCAAACGACUAUGCCAAAAAGUGGCUGGAAAACCUGUAG